CAUGCAGACGAUUACGUGGGCCUAAAACCCAAAAUACACCAGAUCAACUGAAAACUAUAAUUGGAGCUUUUCUUGAUAUUCUGCCUGCUUUUGGAGAAAAUGUCCAACAGGCAACUUCGUAAAAUUCAUGGCGGAAAGGAUGGGCUAUCGACGUUGGCCACUAGCCUUUUAUUAGAAGAAGAAGAAAUUGAAGAUGCACCUUCCAUCAGAAAUGUCAACGGAAACCGGAAAAAGAAGUCUGCUGUCAAUAUGUUCGAUUUAUUGCAUGAAGGUGAAGAUUCUGAGAGAGAAAGUGCUGAAGAAGUACCAUCUUAUGAUGAAUCAGAGGAAGACACACCACAUAUUGUGCAAACCGGAACUAAGCCAAAAAAAAAGUCUAAAAAGAAGAAGAAGCAAAAUGUGCAACUGGAGGAAGAUGGUGAAGAACUGGAUGAUGAGUUUCUGGUUAAUGAAGCACCUUCAAAUGGCCAUGGACUACCAGUCUGUAAACCAUCUCCUGCUAAAAAUGUGCUCAUGCUAGAGCAGAAAAACCUAAAUUCUGAUAAUGAAUUGAAAAAGAUUUUUGGAAGUAGAGUUGUAGUGUCUGCACAAAAAAAGAAAGCCAGAGGAAGAGCUUAUGUAAAAUCAACAUGGUUAAUCAAUGCCAAGGACAACUGGUCUCAAAUACGAAAAACAGGUCUCUCUAUGAGCUUGGAUCACACCAAGGAUGGUUGUUUCUACUUUAAAUAUGAACAUAACAAAGAGUACCGACAAGUGCAGUUUGAUUUCUGGGAAGCCGUUAGCUCCCUAAAUCCCGCCAACAUAGUGGCUCUGGUUAAUAUGCAUCCAUACCAUAUUGACUCGUUGAUUCAGCUUUCUGAUAUUUGUCGAAUGAGUGAGGACCCGCAAAUGGCAACCGAACUAAUUGAACGAGCCUUGUACAUUCUCGAAAGUGCUUUUCACCCCUCUUUUAAUUUGGCUUCCGGAAAUUGUCGCCUUGAGUACAAACAACAGGAAAACAGGGCGUUAUUCUUGGCCAUAUUCAAACAUCUGGUUUCCAUCGGCCUGCGUGGCUGCUACCGAACAGCUUUGGAAUUUUGCAAACUGCUCUAUACGUUAGAUUUGGACUCCGACCCUUUAGCUGUUAUUCUGAUGAUGGACUUUUACGCCAUUAAAGCUGGCGAAUAUUUGUGGUUUAUUGACUUCUUUGGAGCAUUCGAAUCCAAAAAGAACCUUUCUCAGCUUCCCAACAUGGCUUUCGGCAUUGCUGUGGCACAUUUUUAUAAUUCGAAAACCGACCCGAAAAGCCUUGCGCUUGCAGAUGAUUUCCUUAAACAGGCUCUGUUAAUGUUUCCAGGCGUAUUGGUACCUUUGUUGGAUAAGUGUUCCAUACAAGCUAACAGUAGGGUUAUCAAACAUGAAUACUUUUCACCAGCAAUACCGUUUAGCCAUUCGCCGUCGUUAAACAAUUUAAUUCAACUUUACGUUGGACGAUCGUUUCAUCUCUGGAAGGAUGCCGAACUGCUCCCUUGGCUAGAACGAAACGCCAACAACUGCUUAAAUGAGGUCGAUCGCCAGCCGUCUAUCGCCCAAGAUUUUGAGGAAAAGCGUAAAAAACGUUAUCAGGGAACGCCGAGAAAUAUAUACCGUCAUAUUCUUCUGUCAGAUAUCAAGGAUGCCACAGCCACGCUACCCCAGGAAUUGGCAGAGUUGGGUGCGGUCAUGUCUUUUGAUCCGUUACCUCCUGUAGAAUCGGUGUCGAGCUACACAAGACCAAACCGAAGUACCACCAACGUUACAGCUGCCAGUCAAUUAGAAGGAGGCUUGAUCAGUUCCUUUUUUCGCUCGUUGCUGCCCGGCUUUAAUCCACAAGAAGUUGUUAAUAAUCAGCAAGCUGUUCAACGACAGCCUGCAAGGCCUCCCCGAGCCAAUGUGGAAUUACAAGAGGAAGAUGAAAUAGCUGCAGAGGGUGCCGGUGCCAAUUUACAACAGAGCGUCGCCACUCUAGUUGCAGCCAUGCGUGAUUUGCUUAGCAACAUCCAACUUCCCGAUCUUCCAUUCAACGAUUCGAAUGAUGACGAAGAGGAUCAUUCUGACUAAUGGCAGUUUUUCUGUACCAUACGUUCUUGUUAUAUUAUUCUUAUUUUUACAAUGGGAUGGAAGAAA